GGCGGGGAGCGGGGACAGCGGGAACGGCGGCGGGCGGCGGGGCCUCAGCGGCCGCCAUGGAUCCGCGGGUGUCGGAGCUGUUCGGGGGCUGCUGCCGGCCCAACGGAGCCGCGUUGCGAGGACGCGGAGGGGCCGCGCCCGGCGGCGGCGGCGGCGGCGGCGGCGGCUCGAAGGCGAAGAAGAAGAACGGGCGGAGCCGGGGGGGCAAGGCCAACAACCCGCCGUACCUGCCGCCUGAGGCAGAAGAUGGUAACAUCGAGUACAAGCUGAAGCUGGUGAAUCCCUCGCAGUACCGCUUUGAACACCUGGUGACACAGAUGAAGUGGAGACUACAGGAAGGCCGCGGUGAGGCUGUGUACCAGAUUGGUGUGGAGGACAACGGGCUGCUGGUGGGCCUCUCGGAGGAGGAGAUGCGUGCCUCACUCAAGACCCUGCGCCGCAUGGCAGAGAAGGUUGGAGCUGACAUUACGGUGCUGCGAGAGAGGGAGGUGGAUUAUGACAGUGAUGUUCCAAGGAAGAUAACGGAGGUGCUCGUCCGAAAGGUGCCUGACAACCAGCAGUUCUUAGACCUGCGAGUAGCUGUGCUGGGGAAUGUGGACUCAGGGAAGUCAACUCUGUUGGGUGUCCUAACGCAAGGAGAGCUGGACAACGGCCGGGGCCGAGCACGCCUCAAUCUCUUCAGACAUCUCCAUGAAAUCCAGUCAGGAAGAACAUCAAGCAUCAGCUUUGAGAUUCUCGGUUUCAACAGCAAAGGAGAGGUGGUAAAUUACAGUGACUCCCGAACGGCAGAAGAGAUCUGUGAGAGUUCUUCCAAGAUGAUCACUUUCAUCGACUUGGCUGGCCACCACAAGUAUCUGAAAACAACCAUCUUUGGCCUCACCAGCUACUGCCCAGAUUUUGCAAUGCUGGUGGUUAGUGCCAACACUGGCAUUGCGGGCACGACACGAGAGCACUUGGGCUUGGCCAUGGCCCUCAAGGUCCCCUUCUUCAUUGUCAUCAGCAAAGUUGACUUGUGUUCAAAAGCUACUGUGGAACGGACAGUGAAGCAGCUGGAACGAAUUCUGAAGCAGCCAGGCUGCAACAAGCUUCCAUUGCUUGUCACCUCAGAUGAUGAUGCUGUUACAGCAGCACAGCAGUUUGCACAGUCUCCCAACAUCACCCCAAUCUUCACACUGUCCAGUGUUUCUGGGGAGAACCUGGAUCUUGUGAAAGUCUUUCUCAACAUCCUUCCUCCACUGACCAACAGUAAAGAGCAGGAGGAGCUAAUGCAACAACUCACAGAGUUUCAGGUUGAUGAAAUUUAUACUGUGCCAGAAGUCGGAACUGUUGUGGGAGGAACUCUGUCGAGUGGGAUCUGCCGAGAAGGGGAGAACCUGGUGGUUGGUCCCACUGAUGAUGGGAAGUUCCUCCGGCUGAAAGUGUGCAGCAUCCAGCGCAACCGCUCAGCCUGCCGUGUGCUGCGGGCUGGCCAGGCAGCCACGCUGGCCCUCGGACCUUUCGACCGCUCCCUGCUGCGGAAGGGCAUGGUCAUGGUGAGCCCGGAAAUGAACCCCACCAUCUGCUCAGUGUUCGAAGCCGAGAUUGUGCUGCUGUUCCAUGCAACAACUUUCCGGAAGGGAUUUCAGGUGACGGUACAUGUGGGGAACGUGCGGCAGACGGCUGUUGUAGAGAAGAUCCAUGGAAAGGAUAAGCUGCGGACAGGAGAGAAGGCCGUUGUCUGUUUCAGAUUCAUCAAACAUCCUGAAUACUUGAAGAUUGGAGCCAAGCUGCUUUUCCGUGAAGGAGUCACCAAAGGCAUUGGGCAUGUCACUGACCUCCAAGCCAUCACCACCAAAGAAAAUGGCCUGGAGGAGUCUCUAGGGCCUGGACAGCUGAGCUUCUGACUACCACUAGGUCAGAGAGAUCUCUGCUCACCAGCAACCAGGGAGAAGGAUGAAAGCUCCCGUGGGUCUCUGAGCGACGCCUGGAGCUGCUGCUGUCCCAUUCUAGCAAGGCUGUCUCUCUUCCGUACUGUGAGGUGGAGCCUCUGAGAGUUCCUCACGUUCAGUGCUGUACGUGAGGCAAGAUAAGCACGCUGUCCGCAUUGCCCACUGCUGUUGUUAUCCUGCCUUCCUUCAGAAUAGAUUGGAGGCACCCGCUGGCCUGGGCAGGCAAGUUCUGGCUUUGUUCACUGUUAGAAAAUUACUGUUUGGGAAGAGCAGAAGCCUUGGAGGCAGGUAGUGAAGGGAUGUUUUUCCAUCUGUGAAACAAGAUCUGGUCCCAUUCCAGCUCUCUGAGCACUGGGUUGAUGCAGUCCUGCAGCACAUCCUUCCAGGCAGGGGAUGAGAGAGGCCCUGCUGCCUGCAGCAGGAUCUUGUUUGAACCUAUCAAAAUACGUUCAGGACACUUUUUAACUGUUUUAAUCUUGGUUGGCUUUAAUCUGCUGUGUGUCCAUUUGUAUGCUGGUUUUGCAUUACUCCAGUCUGAGUAUCUUACUGUUGGACAAGCAUCCUGUCCUGUUCCCUGUGUGCAUGUACACAGUCCUUCAGCAUCCCACUUUGUGGCUUUUAGGAAGCUGUGGCUGCUUGGUGUGGCGCAGCCUCCCGGCAUUACAGUGCAAAGGCAGAGUUUGCGCUUGCAAACAGCUCCUUGCAGCAGCAGAACAGGAUCUGCUUUGUGGAGCAGAGCAGGACCUGGGCCUGUGCUGGCAUGGGCAGAUUAUUCCAUGGCUGUGCAGCUACAGGUGAAGUCUACACGCUGGCUGCAGUGGCUUGCAGUGAGCUCCCUGGUUUAGUUCUCCAGGGCCCAGCCCACCUUUCUCCUCACACUUGCCUUAAUGUGAGGACAGGCCACAUUACUAACACAAAACAAGGUGAUUUCUGUUGUUUAGAUGUGAUUUGAAAGUGGCGUGACUUUAUUUUUCUUCUCAAGGAAGACUUCUUUUCUUUCCCCUGCCGUUGGGGUGUGUUGUGAGUGGAAGGCUGCUGUUGCCAGCAAGGACUCUGCACGAGCAGUGAAGCGCUCUCAUUUCCCUUGUGCCGUUGUGUGGCUGCCAUGUGUGACAGCUCCUCCAGGCCCCUCAGCCCAUAGGCAGGGUCUGUUGAGCUGUUCAUGGGCUUUUGGUUUUCUCACUGACUGUCAGACCAAAAGAGUCAGCUGUGAGCAAGUCCUUCAGCCAACCUUGUUGCAUGGCACGUAGCUUACCAGCUCUGACUGAAGAGAGGGGAGAGGGCCUGCAACAGCACACAAACACCCAAAGAGCCUUUCUGCCCUCCUGAAAGCAAGUUCUGGUGCUGGGCUGCUGGCACAGGCAGUGCGUGCGGGGCUGGGUGGCCCUUGCUGCGGAUCUGUGGACAGCAUAAUACCUGGGGAGACAAAAGAUGGCAGCACUGCAGAGUGCAUGCUGGGCCAGGGGGAGGCUGGUGAAAUGGUGAUGUACCUGAAAGGACUCAAGAAACAGCUCAAUGGUGGCAGAAGCAGGCACUGCCUGCCCAUUGGGAAGAGCACUGACCCAGCUGUAAGUCAGCUCAGUGGGGAGACCGCAGCUGCUGGGUCAGGGUGACUGCAGUGGUUGUAGGUCUUUCAGCCGUGCCUGAGAGGACUGGUGCCAGCUGCCAGCUCGUGGCUCACUAAGAAGCUGCCUUGGGGUGAGGAACACGAUGCCAGCUGUUUGCAGCAGCCCUAGCGUCUUCCACACCAAAGUAGGCUUGGGCUUCUCUAACCCUCUCUGAGGUACAUAGCUGAUGGCUGGUCCCAUCUUGUCCCUACCAGCUGUGGCAUGACUGUUCUUGGUGCCAUGCUCUUCAUAAUCGCUGUUUUGUUGUCUUGACGUUUUCUAAUGCUGGGGUUUAUCCCUGUUCCCUGAGUGUCUAUAAAUAAAUGUACAGAAUAAAGAUGUUUUAUGGA